AUGGAUCCGAGCUACAAAGCUCGCAAGGAGGCCUUUGUGUCUAAUCUUGCGGGAAGCACAAUACUCGAGAUCAAUGCAGUCACUCUCGUUGCUUCAACAUCCGUCCUUCUUUGGUCCGCGCUCCAGUCCCGUCUAUCCUUCUUCACCCCCUACGGCCCCGCGGCACUUGCGACGGACUUCAUCCUCAAUGUACUAGCCAUCUUAUUCGCGACGACUGCAUACUCUUCUGCACCACUUCUCCUCAACAUAUUCCUCGUCUCCCCCGCGAUUCUCCUAUUCCUCACCCGAAACAGUUUGCGCACCUCGCAAAAGGCUAAACCGCCCCGCAAACCCAAGGCCAAAAAUGAGAGCCCCCAGGAGGGACAGCAGGCCUUGCCCAUCCACCCAUUCUUGACCACAUACCGUGCAGCUAUGAUGAUUGUUACCUGCAUAGCUAUUCUUGCGGUCGAUUUCCGCGCGUUUCCACGUCGUUUCGCCAAGGUGGAGAACUGGGGAACAUCUUUGAUGGACUUGGGCGUGGGCUCUUUUGUGUUCUCCGCCGGAGUAGUCUCUGCGCGCGCGGUUCUGAAAGGCCGCAACUCGAAAUCUCCGAGAUUAGCUUUGCAUAAGAGAUUGAUUGGGUCGGCUCGCCACUCCAUUCCUCUGCUUGUGCUGGGCCUCAUCCGACUGUGGAGUGUCAAAGGACUGGAUUAUGCGGAACAUGUGACGGAAUAUGGUGUGCACUGGAACUUUUUCUUCACGCUUGGCUUUUUGCCUCCUUUUGUGGAGCUCUUUGACUCCUUGACUACCCUGAUCCCGUCCUAUGAGGUGCUUGCACUUGGAAUUGCAGUACUCUACCAAGUGGCUCUGGAGUCGACUGAUCUGAAGGGUUACAUUCUCGUGUCUCCGCGGGGACCAGAUCUGCUGUCCAAGAACCGCGAGGGAGUCUUUUCUUUUAUUGGAUAUUUUGCAAUUUUCCUCGCUGGACGGGGUGUUGGAGUCCGUGUCAUUCCUCGUGGUACCUCAGCCACAAAAUCGCCACAGAAAGCACGGAACUCUGUUCUGGUGCAAUUGGUCCUUCAGGGAAUGUUUUGGUCAACCAUGUUCUUCUUUAAUUCCACCUACGCAUUUGGCUACGGUGCCAACAUCCCAGUGUCGCGCCGGCUGGCCAACAUGCCAUACGUGCUUUGGGUGUCCGCAUUCAACAGUACCCAGCUUUUCCUUUUCUGUCUGACCGAGACUGUGUUUUUCCCCGCGGUUCACCGAGCGAUCAGCAAAGAAGGCGAGGCAGAGCAGACGACGUUUGCGACCAGUCGCAUUCUACAUGCCUUCAAUCGCGGUGGCCUUGCACUGUUCCUGAUUGCGAACUUGCUUACUGGGGCAGUGAACAUCGGCAUUCCAACAUUGGAUCUCAACACGCCGCAGGCCAUGGGCAUCUUGGUUGCCUAUGCAGCUGUGCUAACUGCACGUGAGGGUCCCAAUGUGCCGUACAAGUAUGAAGACCAGGUCUUACCGGUCUUCCGUGGCAUGCCCCUAGUCAUCGGCGCUACAUUAAUCCAUAAUGUCGGGCUUAUCCAAAGUCAUUUCUGGCGUAAUGCCGGCUUCGGUGUCAUUCGUGAAAUCCCCCACCUGGGCCAGUAUGCUAGCCGCUAUGAUCCAACGGUGAUUCCAGUCGACAAUACCAGCCAGGCCGAGUCAGCAGCGAAAACGGCCUCUGCCACUGUGGAACGUAGGAAGGGAGAUCAUGGAUACUAUACUUCCGCAGACUAUCAUGCGCUCUACUCGUCGGGGGAGUUGACCCCAACAGCUGUCAUCGAGACGCUAUUGCCUCUGGUUCGACGUGAUACCCAGCCGCCCGGAAAACACUCAACUGCCUUCCUUGAGUCUCAGGCCGAGUUGAUUCAUGCGGCAGCGGAAGAAUCUACGGAGCGAUACAAGAACGGCCAAUCGUUGGGUCCACUCGACGGCGUGCCGGUCGCAGUCAAGGAUGAGGUGCACCUGACGGGGUAUAAACGCACGCUAGGCUCGAAGCUGGAUUUCAAGCACGGCACCGAUGCGACUUCGUGGUGUGUGAAGCAAUGGCUGGACGCCGGAGCUAUAGUCAUCGGAAAAACGUCCAUGCAUGAGAUUGGUUUUGACACGAACAACAAUAACCCCAACUAUGGAACACCUAGGAAUCCCCACAACAAGGAGUAUUAUUGUGGUGGUUCUUCCGGUGGCUCUGGAUAUGCUGUCGGGGCGGGCCUUGUACCCAUUGCGCUUGGCGCAGACGGCGGAGGCUCAAUUCGGAUCCCGUCAUCAUUUUGUGGUAUCUGGGGUCUAAAACCUUCGCAUGGCCGUGUCUCUGGCGCGCCAUCCCAAAGUCUUGCACCCACCGUUGGUGUUAUCGGGCCUAUGGCUGCCAGCAUCGAUGACCUUGCUCUUGCAUAUCGUGUAAUGGCCACUCCUGCGCCAGCUUCGGAAGACCCGAUCUCAUCGCAAUUCCCCUACCCUGUUCGUCAGAACUCUGAAACCAAGAGGACGAAGACGAUUGGUAUUGUCCGAGACUGGAACGACCGCGCCGAGGGCCCUGUUCGCGCUGCACUUGAUCGGGCGCUCGACUACUACCGCGAACAAGGCUACAACGUUGUUGAUAUCGCAAUUCCUUACUUGCCCGAGGGCCAGCGUGCCCACACUCUUACCAUCAUGGCGGAGAUCGCAUCUGGCGUUGAUGCAAGCAAGAUCCGGCACCUCACAGCCCCGAAUAAAGUGCUUGUCUCCAUGGGCAUGUACCAAGUUACGGCACAAGACUUGCUCGCCUCCCAGCGGCUGCGUAAUCUCCUCAUGACGCAUCUCGCGCAUCUCUUCAAGACCCAUCCCGGACUGCUCAUCGUCUCGCCCACAACGCCCAUCCCUGGAUGGCAUAUUGACGGUGGUGAGGCGGACUUGUCUCGCGGUUUGUCGGAUGCCAAAUCCUCUGUACGCAAUAUGGAAUAUAUUUGGCUUUCCAACUUUUCUGGCUGCCCUUCUAUCAGUUGCCCUGUUGGUUACACUCCCGAUACCGGUGUGCCUAUCGGUUUGAUGGCUAUGAGCGAAUGGGGUACCGAGGAAGAGCUGAUCGCCUUUGCUCGAGAUGGAGAGCCUAUCUUGGGCCUGGCUAGCGGCAGUCCCUCGCUCGAGGAAAAUGGAAUCGACUCCGCAAGUAAGGGUCUACGAACUCCUUCUGAUGACCUCUCUGUGUGGGAAGAUAUCAUCGCACAGGCCAAGGAGAAGAUAUCCAAGGAAUGA